UUACCCAAAGUUUCAAAUCCAAAGGCUGAAGAUCUUCCACAAGCAGCAGUGGAAGAACAAAACGAUUCUCCCAAAUCUGCAUCGCCCAAACAUCGCUACAUUUCGUCGUACAAUAAAUCUCUCAUUGGCAAUGUUGUUUUGACCCAAGCCCAACGCAAAGAAUAUCCUUUGGAGAUUGUACAAAAAAUUCAAAGUGAGGUCUUGAAAAAUAAGCAGCCGCAGCAGCAACCUCCCUCCUCCAUCAUUGAUGAUAAUUCCGAUUCGGAUAGCGACUCAGAUGAUGGUUCAAAACUGAUUGUCGAUGAGAAACCUUUAGUACCCGAGGAACAACCCCUAUCGUUGCGUGUACGUUCUACACCACCUCCAGAAGAUCAAAGACCUUCACCACCACCUUGUCCCGAACCGGCAGUAAGGUGUAGUGUUAUACAGAGGACACCCUCAAAUUUGGAAGAAAACCAAAGAAGACGCUCACACGAAGUCCUUUUACCUUUGUCAAAUUUGGAACACUUGGGUCCCGAGCAACAGGAACCCAUCGACUAUCACGUACCACGUAGAAAGUCUACGCUCGAUAACGACGACGAGGAGCAACAAUUGAACGCCAAGCGUUUGGAAAGAGAACGCAAAUUAAGAGAAGCUAGACGUCGCAGUGCUUUGUUGGCUGCCCGCACCAUUCUCGCUCAGGCCAGAGUUAAUCCACGUUUUAUUCGUUCCUUGCCCGGCAUAUUGGCAGCAGCUGCUGGACACGGUCGCACAACAUCGGGUUCGAACGGCGGUAAUCAAGGACAAGGUUUCCAGGGUGGUUUUGGCAGCUCCAACGGUUCUGGUUCACAACAACCCUCCAGCGGCGGUGGUUCUCCCACGGGUUUCGGCGGAUCAGGAGGUCUUAGCGGAGGAGCAGGUGGCGGAAUGGGUGGCGGACGUGAUGGUCGUGGUAAUUAUGGUCCCAAUUCACCACCAUCUGGUGCUUUGCCACCUUUCUAUGAAUCACUGAAAAGUGGCAACACCAUGAAUGGUUCCUCGACUACCAAUUUUAAUUCCACAGCAUCUUCGAAUUUCUUGCUACAAAAUGCGGCAGCUUAUUUAAUGUCUGCCGCUGGCAAUGGCGGUGGUAGUGGUGGUCAACAAUAUCCCUUAGGCGGUGGUGACAACAUGGGUGGUGGCGGCGGCGGUGGUGGUUCACCGGUUGGAGCCAGCCUCUCCGGAUCUUCAUUGGAUCAAACACCCUCGUCCGCCUCUAGCAUGUUAUUUGCUAAUGGCCACGCUUAUGGUAUCAUUCUCAAGGAUGAGCCGGACAUUGAAUAUGAUGAGGCCAAAAUUGAUAUUGGAGCCUUUGCUCAGAAUAUCAUUCAGGCAACUAUGGGGAAUUCGGGUAAUUUCAAUGCUUCGGCCUAUGAAGAUGCUAUUAUGUCUGAUUUGGCAUCGGCGGCCCAGGGGCCCAAUGGUACAGUUGAUCCCUUGCAAUUCACUGCCACGCUGAUGUUGUCCUCGCAAACGGAUCAUUUGUUGGAACAGCUAUCCGAUGCCGUGGACUUGAGUUCAUUCCUGCAACGUAAUUGUGUCGAUGAUGAGAAUUCCACAUCACCGCGUCAAGAUUUUGAGCUGGUCUCAACUCCUUCGUUAACACCCGACUCGGUGUCCAUUACCCCGGUAGAUUGUCAUAAUUCAACGAACUCGCAAUUGGAUUCUUUCCAUGAGAAUUUAAUGCAACAAUUGACUAAUAAUAUGGGUCGGACUCAACAGACUGCUGGCAAUUAUGCUCCGUAUGAGAGGCCGCAGCAGCAGCAACAACAGCAACAUCAUAGCAUGCAACAACAACCUCCACCUUCUUAUCAACAUGCCACCAGAGAUAUGAUGCAAAUGCAACAGCAGCAACAACAACAGCAACAACAUGGUAAUAACUAUCAUCAGCUACAACAUCAUCAACUGCAGCAACAACUACAACAUCCUUCGUUAAAUCAACAAUCAACUCAACAACAUCAGCAUCAGCAGCAACAUCACCAACAGCAGCAGCAACAACAUUUUAAUCAUCAACACCAUCAUCAUGGUGGUCAUCCAUCGCAACAACAUGGUGGCCCACCUGCUGCUGCUGCUCAUCAUCACCAUCAUCAUCAACAUCCUCACCAUUUACAACAUCAUAGUGAUAACAGCAAUCUAUCACUGCCCUCACCCAAUUCGUCAGCAACAAAUUCUGCCACAACAACUGCCAAUGGUCAUAUGAUGAUACCAUCACAAGGCCAUCAUCCAAUGUCAUCGGCUGCCAGUAAUACAUCAUCGGGUUCAGCUUCAGCUAUAUUGGAUACAUCAUUGUUGGAUACCAAACCGAUAAUACAAAGUGUAAGUCCCAAUAAUUAUUGUUCGUCAUCGUCGUCCUCCUCCACUUGUUCGUUGUCGUCGUCAUCGUCCACUGCUGGCAAGCAAAAACGUUCUUUAAAUUUAAUUGCCGCUGCGGCUUCUCUAAAUUUAACUUCUCCCACUGUUGCUAAGCUGCAUGAAAGCAAAGUGCUACAGCAGCGGCUGGGCUUACCGCCAGAGGUUCAAUUGGAAUUUGUCAAUGGCGGUCAUGGCAUUAAGAACCCCUUGGCCAUUGAAAAUACCCAUGGCCAUCAUCAUCGUAUACGCAGUAUUGAUUGUUUAGAUGAUAUGAAGAAACCAUCACUUAUCGCAGAUGCCAGCAGUGGGAUCGGAGGUGCCAGCAGCAUGAACGGCAGCAGCAAUUGUAGUAAUCCCAGUAGCAAUAGUGAAAAUAGCCAAGAAUCUAACAAUUUCGUUUGUCGCAUUUGUUUGAAAUCAUUUUCACUGAAGCGUCUCUUGAAUCGUCACAUGAAAUGUCAUUCGGAAAUUAAACGUUAUUUGUGUACGUUCUGUGGCAAAGGAUUCAAUGAUACAUUCGAUUUGAAACGACACACUCGCACCCACACCGGUGUCCGUCCGUACAAGUGUAAUUUAUGUGAGAAGAGUUUUACCCAAAGAUGUUCAUUGGAAUCGCACUGUUUAAAGGUGCACAGUGUACAGCAUCAGUAUGCGUAUAAGGAGAGACGGACUAAGAUGUAUGUCUGCGAGGAAUGUGGCCACACCACCUGCGAACCAGAGGUUCAUUAUAUUCACUUGAAAGAGAAUCAUCCCUAUUCACCGGCCCUAUUGAAAUUCUACGACAAAAGACACUUCAAAUUUAAUAACUCACAAUUUGCCAAUAAUUUACUUGGACAACUGCCAAUGCCGGUGCAUAAUUAGUUUGUA